AUGACAGUAAACACUUUCAACGAAAUCGAAAUCUUUGAUGGAGUGGCUGAUUCCAGUAUGGAGAGAGACGAGAAUCUGGAAUAUACCCUUCUGGAAGGCCAGCGUAGCAACAACUUCAGUCACAGUCUCCGCAGCUUCCAGACGAGAAAAGGAUGGAAGCAAAAACUGGGCUACUGCGUUUUCUCAAUUCUAGUGCUUAUUUGUAUGCUUACUGUUACAUCUGUGAUCUUGCAUAAAACAGGACAACCAAAGACCGCGGAGGCGAGUGUGAAGAAAUUUCUUCCUGACAUAGAAAUCGACGUCUCUACCUCAACCAACAGUUCCUCAAAAUUCAACACGACUAGUAUUUACAAUAAUGAGACCACAGUAUCUACCACUACAACGACGACGGUCUGGCGUGUGCCAGAAGGCACCGAUGUGGAGACGAUACUCAACAACAAAUGGCGACAAUACGAUGGAAUUAAUAUCGCAGAGUAUCUCAAAGUAGAAGGUGGCGAUCCCUUCUAUCGAAGUAUGGCAGAAAGAAGCGAACCGUUACUUAGCUUCCAGCGCAAGGGACCUGGCGAAUACACUCAAUCUUUCAAAGUUUUCUUUGUGACCAAAAAGUACCCGCUCGAUUUCAACAAAGAAUACGCUCACGAAGAUGGAAUCGGUACAAAGUGUUUAUCUACUGCUGAAAUUGUUGGUGAUACGAUCUCCAUCCGAACUCUGGGUGGUAAGAAAGGACCAGUCGUCACUACUUAUAGUUUGAAAGAUCACAAUGAUUUAUGGAUCGUCCAGGAUAUGAUUGAAGAGAAAAUUACGAAUUCGAGAAUCUAUAAACGGGAGAACUCAUGA